GGUAAAUAAAGAUCUCUGCUAAUUUUCACUUCCGCUUUAUCUUGAUUUUUUUGCAAAACCCCGCGCUGACUUCUGCACGGUUGGAGCAGCCAAAAUGUCGGCGGGCGUCGUGAACCUCCAGGCGCAGGUGGAGUCGGUGCUGGGAGCGCUGGUCAAAGCGGCCACGGUGGAGUUGACGAAACUGUUCGAGAGCAGCUACGGAGCGUCGGCGCUGGAUGUGGAAGUGGGCCGCACUGACAACAAAAGCAAACAUGACACCUUUGAGACGCUGGACGGUUUAUCGAUUGGAGACACAAAACGCAGCAUCGGUGUGCAGGUGGACGAGCACAUUUGUUCGCCGUCGGAGUCUUGUGGUCCACUUUAUGGUGAUUGUUUGAGGGAAUGCAGGGAGGAGGAGGAGGAGGAGGAGGAGAUGGUGGGGUGUCUCAUUCCAACAGGAAUCCUCCAGGCUGAAGAUAAUGACCUAGUUGACCCCAAGUGGUGGCCUCUGAAGGAACAGGGUGUGGCAGAGACUGCAGUCAUGGUGGAGCAGAGCAUGUUUGACGAAGGGUCUCUAUCUGAUGGCGACCCUCAAACAGAAGUUGUUUCGCAAGAGACAUGGACCGACACAUUAAAACAUGGAUCUACGCAAAGCUCUCCAAUUAAACAGAAGCCUCUUGUGAUCCAACCAGAUACACGUAAUAUCAUCUCUGGGCAGACAGUUAAGUUUGUUUGCCCGUUGAUCCUCAAGCCAGAAAUUCCAGCUCCCAAACCCGACAGUUCAGAGAAACCCGUUCAAGUCGAGCCUCAGCAAGCCUGUGUCAGCACCGCCAAGGGUACCGCCUACAGUCCGUCCCCAUCCGAUGGAGCGGUGACUCCCAUUCAGGUUGGGGUUUGGGAAAGGAUCCAGAUGCCAAAGGAGACGAAGGACGAUCUCCACAUGAAACUGAAACUGACUUCUCCAGACCUAAAGCUGAUGUGUCCCUGCACAGUACAACUGGUGGACGUGCUCACAGUGCCCAAGUCGGAGGGUCCGCUUCAGGAUGCUGCUGCUAAAGGCCAUACCCCUAAGCACAAAACUGGCAGACCUCUGCCCAAAGACCUCCGCCACCACCAAGGUCCUCACACAGGCCAUCGCCUCUGCUGCUUCACCCCCAGUGGAAACGGCGUUUGGCGGCUGCAGAAGGUGGUCAUGCAUUCCCGCGAUGGAUACGUUUGCAGUGUCUGUGAGAAAACAUUCAAGCGGAGGAAGAUUCUCCGGCGGCACGAGCGCUUUCACACCGGAGAAAAACCGUACUCGUGUUCGGUGUGUUCGAAGACAUUUGCUUUGAGGAAGAGCCUCCGCCGCCACAUGAGGUUCCACACGGGGGAGAGGCCGCACACCUGCUUGCAGUGCAACAAAAGCUUCCGUCUGCGAGACAAUCUGAAAGCGCACCUGAGGUUUCAUACUGGAGAAAAGCCUUUCACCUGCGCCACUUGUGGCAAGAUGUUCAGGAUUAUGAGGAACCUGGAGAAACACCAGUGUGGAUUCUUUGUUCCUUCCUUCAGGACGAUAGCUGGCUUGUAGCUGUGGAAAAAGUGGCUGGUUGUGCCGUUUUCUACCUCAAACUGAAGACACUGUAUUGUUUUUGUAGAAGACUGUCAUGCAAGUUGUUAUAAGUAAAGUUAAAGCUAUGAGAGAAACAGAUCAGAUUAGAAACUUUUACUACUGAUGGUUUUGUCUUAUUUUCCCCUGUUUCUAAUUUCUUGCCAUAUUUUGUGGAGCAAUUGUGGAACUGUGACCGUGUGCGAGAGUUGUACGACUACUUGACACUUUAGCAUUAGACCUUUUGAGAAACACAUGAUCUGCCUGCAUGGAAUCCCUCCACCCAGCACAGUUAACCAGGUAUACUACAUACAUGCAGAAAUACUUUACUGCUGCUUGGAGAUAUCAGUAUCAUUUUAUGCUUUAAUCUACAGAGAGAGGAUAUCUGGUGAUGGCUUGGUGGGGCAAACUGCUGUUCCUCUCCAGUGUAAAGGACCAAAACUGCCAUAAACAAAAAGAAAUAAAUGACUUGAUGAAUAGAUUAAUGCAACUGAAUACACCAAAAAUAAUAUUAAAUGAUGAUGAAAACUCUAUUCACUGAUUUUGGUGAAACUGGAUCAUAUUCCAUGUAGAAAAUAACUGAUAUAUGGAGCGUUGCAAUGGACAGAUAGCUUUGCUCUUUGUUAAAGUAAAUGCUAAUUGCUGCUAACUGUAGCUGGCUGUCCUGUGAGCUGACCCCUGCUCUGGGAGCUGCACAGGGGGAGUGUUGCUGUUGAGGAUGAGGAUGAGGUUUUCAGGCCCAAGGCUCAGUGAGAGUCAGCUAGUAAGGCUGAGAGUUAGCUGUAUGGCUAACUGAGCUAAUGAGCUGCUGGCAGCUGCAGGUGGCAGUUACUUUAGCAAUAGUUAAAGCUAUCCACCAUAAAUCGAUGAAUGUUGAGGCAGAGCAGCUGGAGGACAUCAGAAGGAAAACCAGAAAAUGUUUCUCCAUAUAAAUGUGAUCCAGAUUAGAGUUUGGGUCUAAUCUGCUCUUUGUUACCUCAGUCAGACAAAAUCCAGAAUAAAUGAAAAAUGAAUAAAUUAAAUGGGGAAAGUAAAUUGGUGAGGUGAUCCAAAGGUAAAUACAUACAGACAUGAGUUAAAACUGAAUUAUGAUUUGAUGUCACAUUUUAUAAAAUAAUUAAUAGCUACAUUCAUUUUAAUAGUAUGUUUGGUGCAUAUCAUGGCAAAUUAAUUUACUAAGGUCUUUAUUUUUUAUUUUGGCGGUUUUAGUCCUCAUGCCCUUGCCAACCUUUCUUGUGUCCAAGUUAUAUGUAAAGUACUGCCAGUGAUGUUUGUUUUGAUAUGGAUAUUCUUUUUAUGUUAUGAGUUAUAUUUUUUACAUUCCUCUCUUGUUAAAAAGCGUUUGUUUAUGAUUACUAAUGAUUGUAGGCCUCUUUCUUUUCAUGACCUAGAUGUCUAAGGCUGUCCAUGCUGACUUUAUAAUUGCUUUUCAUGUUAAAACACUUUGGAAUAAUAACUGUUCUAUGAUGAUGAUGAUGAGCGUUUCAGAUACUGUUGACUUUAUGACAUGGGUUAGCGUUUCAGAUACUGUUGUUUGUUUUUUACAUUCCUUAAUACAGCUACCCUACAUCGACAAAUGUCUGUAUUUGUCUUUUUAAACUUCAGAUGCUUGAUUACAUUUGUCUUUUAUAUUAAUAAAAAGUCAUUUCUGUGG